AUGGCAAUCGUCGCAGUCGCAGGCGGUACCGGUAACGUGGGCCGCGCCGUUGUUGAUGCAAUUGUGGCCACCGGCAAGCAUCAAGUCAAGGUCCUUGCCCGAAAGUCUAAUCCCGAUCUUGAGGCAGAAAUCGGCGUGCCCAUUAUCUCCGUCGACUAUUCCGACGUCGACGCCCUCGUCAAAGUCCUCGAAGACAACAACAUCGACACCGUGGUAUCGGGAAUCGCCAUGCACAGCGCCGACGGAACUAGGCCAAACGAGGUCGAACUGAUCCGAGCUGCCGAUCUAUCCAAAACCACCAAGCGACUGGUCUCGAGCGGGUGGGGCGUGCCUGUGGAUGACGAACGCACCGGCACGAUCACGUCGACACUGCACAAGAUCAAUGCCAAGAAAGAGUUGCAGAAGACCAAGAAUCUCGAGCAUACCGUCUUCCACGUCGGUUACUUUAUGGACUACUGGGGCUUCCCUGGUGUCAAGUCCUACAUGGCCCGAAUGCCACUGGUGUUCUGGCUGGACAUGGUCAACAACGCGGCCGCCAUCCCCGGAUCCGGUAACACGCCCGUCAUUUUCACCCACACCUCCGAUGUCGGCAAGUUUGUUGCUGCCAGCCUGGACCUCCCCAAAUGGGAACCCGAUACAUUCGUCUACGGCGACAGAGUGACGUGGAAUGAGUUUCUUCACUUGGCCGAGCAGGCUAAAGGAACCAAGUUCAACGUCGCCUACGACAACGAGGAGAAGCUCAAGCUGGGUCAGACGACUGAACUUCCCGGUCAUGUGCCGCUGUACGCGUUCUUUCCCAAGCCAGCCCUGCAUGGCAUGGCCGCCGCUUUCGGUCUGUUGUUCGAGGGCGGUGUCUUUGACAUGAAACCCGCAAGCUUCUUGAACGAGACUUUCCCGGAGCUCAAGCCGCUAGGGGUGAAGGAGAUUCUGGACAAGUCGUGGAAGAAAUAAUUCUGAAAAGUAGACUAGAUAUAUAUUAUAUCCAUGACGUAUAUACCUAUGUUAUUUGAUCAAACUGCCGCUAUAAUUAGACGAGUCAUUUUUGCAUUUCUCUCGACGGAUACUUUCUUGUUGGAAAGGGUGGUGAGGGUGGGCGGCGGGUUCAUACAAUCACCAGUACAGGAGUACACUCCCUCGUUGCAGCCCUGAACCAGAUCGUGCGAAAAGCGGCAGGACACCAAGAUCCCAAAAUUCUAUGCUCCCCCGAAUGUCUUCUUCCAUACCUGCCGACGUCCAACUGCCGGAAUCUUCGAGAUGUCAUGGUGUCUACUAAUACGUAAAUAGAAUUCUUCGCUGGUGUUCUCAUUUUUGUUAAUAGGGAUGGAACUGUCUUGCUCUGGGGGCUCGGAAACGGAUCCUCCCACUCAUCUGCC